AUGGAGGGAGAGGAGCGGGCCGGCAGGACACAGAAGGGGAGGCUGCAGCAGCACACUACCCUGCUGACCCAGAUGGAGCCCCCAGCGGCCAUGGCCACAGGGGCUGAGCAGGCCUCACAGAGGGCCAAGGGGUUCAAGAACCUUGCAGCUAUCCACUCAGUGCAGUCAGGCCCCGGUGCUGGGUCUCAGAGUUUUGCAGACAAGAACCUGCUACCCCUGACACCCCGGCAGCUGGCAGCAUUCCAGGAUGUCUUCAGACUGUUCAGCUCCGGCCCAGCAGGCACUGUGGACACGCGUAGCAUGAAGAUUGCCCUGCGCAAUGUGGGGAUCCACUUGAGCCCACAGGAGAUGUGUGAGGCUGUGCAGCAGGCAGACUUGGAUGGUGAUGGAACCGUAAGCUUCAAAGAUUUCCUGGCUGUCCUCACUGACAGCCACCGCCUUGCUCAGUGCUUACGCCAGGUGAGAAACAGCCAGGUCCGUGACCCCCAGAACCUGCAAACCCUGUUCUUAGAGAUGGUUUUCAAGCUGAUGAGGCAGGGCUUUGUGCCCUACAAGUCCACGCGGGAGGUGAUGAGCUACUACUCCAAGAAGCAGCAGGCUCUGCGGCUGACCGCAGGCUGCAAGAGCCCGGGCCGGUCCCGCAGCCAGGGCCACUCGCCACACGCUCAAGCGGGCCUCACCUUCUUCUGCCAGGCCAUGCGCCUCAGCGGCCUUACUGACGCCGAGCUGGCGCGCUCGCUGCAACGACUGCACAGAGCAGGUGCGCACAGCCCCUAUUCUCAGAUACCUAACCUGGCCGAGGGGACAUGGCCAGAACACAGGACAUGGAACCGGGCCUCGUGCCCCGAAGUCCGACUUCCCAAGCCCUACGCCUCCAAAUCCUACCCCUCCAGCCACUCCAAGCUCGGACCCAACCAGGGGCAGCGCAGCCAAGGGUUCGGGGACCAGCCAGUAGUGUAUGUGCACCCCUGGAAGCUGGCUCCCUCCCCACCAACGCUAGUGCAGAAGCAGCCCUUCCCUUCACCAGCCUGUUUGCAGAGACCUGCUAUGAAGAACUUGUACAAGUAA